AUGGAGUCCAAGCUAUCAUUAGCUGAAGAGACAGUGUUUCACACUUUUGUUACCAAGUCUAAUAACGGGUCGAAUCCAUUGACGAAAGAGAAGCUUAUAGCUGCGGUUUACACGCAGAAGCCAAUACCGUCUUCUAGCUCACAGACGACGUCGAAGGAAGACAAUGAAGAAGACGAAUCAUGGAAGGAUUGGGGGAAGAAAGCCUCGACGCCGGAAUUCGAUCCGCCUCCGGAUUUCUCCAACAUGGGAUUCGAACAGAUCCAAGCGGAAAUGGCUAAACGGACUUUCGGACCUGUCGUCGGAUUCGUCAAGCUCCGGUUAGGCGUCCGCCGUACUAAGGAUAUGGUGGUGGAAAUUGCUAUGAAAUGGACAAAAGUUCUGAGAACAGGAAGGGUCGGAGUAAGAUUCAUGGCCGUAGAUCGAAGCACGGUGAUGUUCAAUAUGCAAAGUGGCAAGGAAGUGAAUGAGCUUAAGCGAAGGCAAAGCCGGAGCCACGAAGAAGCGCAAGUCGCGCAUAUCAAAGAUUUCUUCUCUUGGAACAUUCCAAUAUUUAAGGUUCAGUCUAUUUCUUUUACCCGUUGAUAUUAUAUUCUGGAGUUAAACUCAAGUGCUAAAAUUUUAUAAUUGUUAAAAGUAUUGGAAUUUGGUAUCUUUGUCUUUUUAAAAAGAUCAUUAUCGAUGCCAAGUUCGUUUUGUCUUCACAAUAUAAUAUAAAUUUUGGCACUUGAGUUUCUAUUAUUUUUUUCACCUGUUUUUUUGUUUUCACUAGAUUUUAAAACUUAAAUCAAAUAUAUUUUCAGAUAUACUAUGUAUUUUCAACUGUUUUUUUGUUAUCACUAGAUUUUAAAACUUAAAUGCUAAAAUUAUAUAAUUGUGAAAAAAUAAUCGGACUUAGUAUCUUGUCUUUUUAAAGAUCGUUAUCGAUGCCAAGUUCGUUUUGUCUUCACAAUAUAAUAUAAAUUUUAGCAUUUGAGUUUCUAUUAUUUCUUUCACUGAUUUUUUUAUUUUCAAAAG